AUGAUUUCGUUUAUUUUACUUGGUGCUCUGGCAAUACCAGUGUUUGCUGCACCUCAAGGAUAUGAAUACAGAAGACCGGCGACCGUAAUAGAUAGUUUCAACCCGCCGUGUACUCAUGCAGCGCAAAAUAUUGAGGGAGUACCAUUGGCCUUGAUCCAAUCACAAUCAGAAGGUCGGAUUGUCAACCAUAAAACAAACAAUGGGGCAAAUCAUAAUCUUGUUACAGCUGCCAGCGGCUACAGUCCCCAAUUGCAGGCUAACAUUUUACAUAACGCUCCUCCACAACAUUUUGCAAAUGGUGGAAACGGACAACAAACGUCGUCUAUUCAAAGCAAUGGAUAUUCGUUCAAUCAAGCAACUGUAGCAGCAAAUGCUCAAAAUCAUAAUUACCCAGCACCACAAUUUGCCCAAGCAUCCGCACACCAGAAUAUACAACAAGUAUCUAAUGCCGGAUCUAAUUUUGCAAACUCGGUACUGACAUCUGGUGGUAGCGAAGCGUAUACUGGAUCCUUGAUAAAUGCAGCAUAUCAUUAUCCAGGACCACAAUUUUCGCAAACUGGUAAUAAUUUAAUUAAACCCGACUAUUCGGCGACAUCAGCAUUCACACACACACAUAAUAUACAACAAGUAACUAAUGCAGGAUCGAAUUUGGCUAACUCGGUAUUGGUUUCUGGUGGUACUGAAUCACAUACUGGUUCCUUGGUUAAUGCAGCAUCCCAUCAGUCAGCAGCUCUCAACAGUGUCACAACGAAUACCAACCUAGACUUUAAUGUUGGAGCCAUAAACGGUCAAUUAGGACAUGUAAUACGUGAGACAUUUGCAAAUGCCCCAUUAGAUCCCUCAAUUGAAAAACACAUUUAUGUACAUAUUCCUCCAGAAGAUCUUGAAGAGAACAACAAUGAGAAAGUCGUAAAUCAGCAUCAACAAUUAACCCCACCUAAAAAACAUUAUAAAAUAAUUUUCAUUAAGGCUCCAUCGCAUCCGACACCCAACUACAGCCAAUUAGUAGCUGCUCCUCAAGUAGAGGAAAAAACAUUGGUUUAUGUUUUAGUGAAAAAGCCCGACGUUCCUUCAAUAGAACAAAUCCAACAAAUUCAACAGUCUUCAUACAAGUCUAGCAAGCCUGAAGUAUACUUCAUCAAAUACAAAACUCGCAAAGAUGAAAAAGAUUCCACUCAGUAUUCAAUUAAUUCACAAUAUCCAAACGAAAUAAUUGACACACAACCAACAGACACACAUUCCACUAAAAGUGAUAAUGGACUCAUUGAUAUUAGGUCUGGAGGAGAAAGUAACUCAAUAAGUACGUCUGUAUCAUAUAGUUCAUCGUCAAAUGGAGCCAACAAUUUUGAACCGAAGCAUGAACUUUACGGAGUACCAUUGCAAUAG